AUGGUAUUCCUACAAUCUAUGGGUGACCGCAUUGAUGAUUUUGAUCUUCCAAAAAUAAAUCAAAACGUCGAUUUAGAAUUUGGAGUUUUUCGUGAGGUACAAGAAGAAUGCUCUAUUGUUUUAAAACAUGAACAUUUACAAGCUCGAGAUUCUCUCAAUCCCGAACAAAAGUUUGCAUAUGAUGAGAUCAUGCGGCAUGUCCAUAAUGAUAUUCCUGGAGUGUUCUUCAUAGAUGGUCCUGGUGGAACAGGAAAAACAUUUUUGUACAAAGCUUUACUUGCUAAUAUUCGUUCGUGUGGUCAUAUUGCACUCGCGACUGCUUCAUCUGGUGUUGCGGCUAAUAACAUGCCCGGGGGAAGAACAACUCACUCUCACUUUAAGAUUCCUAUCAAUCUUGAAAAUAACUCAGUCUGUAAGAUUUCAAGACAAAGUGGUACUGCACAACUACUUCGGACUGCAAAAGUAAUCAUUUGGGACGAAGUGUCGAUGGCUAAAAGACAUGCAUUGGAGGCGGUUGACCGUACAAUGAAAGAUAUCACUGGGGUGAUGCUCCCAUUUGAUGGAAAGAUAAUGGUUUUGGGAGGUGAUUUCAGACAAGUAUUGUCGGUUGUCAUUGGAACACGAGCACAGACUGUGGAUUCUAGCAUACGUAUGUCACCUCUUUGGUCUUCGAUUACCAAGUUGUGGUUAACUAUAAAUAUGAGAGCACUAACCGAUCCAUGGUUCUCAGACUUUCUAUUACGUGUCGGUGAUGGAGUUGAAGAAACGGUGCACGGAAACUUUAUUCGCAUCCCUGAUGAUAUGGUAAUUCCCUUCACUAAAAAAGAAAAGUCAUUGCAUGCUUUGAUUGAUGCAAUCUUUCCAUCCUUUGAAAUUAAUAGAUCUGAACCAGAUUAUAUAAUUUCGCGUGCAAUAUUAUCCACAAGAAAUGAUAGUGUCGAUGAGAUUAAUGAUUAUUUGAUCGGCCGAUUCCAUGGAGAAGAGCGAAUUUACUAUAGUUUUGAUGAAGUCGUGGACGAUAUAAAUAACUUCUAUCCUGUGGAAUUCUUGAACACGCUCAGUGUUAGUGGUUUGCCCCCUCAUUACUUAAGACUGAAAGUUGGAUGCCCGAUAAUACUGUUACGGAAUCUCGACCCAUCAAAUGGAUUAUGUAACGGCACCCGAUUGAUAUGUAAAAGUUUUCAGCACAAUGUCAUUGAUGCUGAAAUAGCUGUUGGUCAACAUGCUGGAAAGAGGGUAUUUUUGCCAAGGAUUCCUCUAAGUCCGUCUGAAGAUGACACGUUCCCGUUCAAGCUGAAGAGAAAGCAAUUUCCAAUUCGAUUAUGUUUUGCAAUGACAAUAAAUAAAGCUCAGGGACAAACAAUUCCAAGUGUAAGAAUUUAUCUUCCAGAAUCGGUUUUCUCACAUGGCCAACUUUAUGUGGCAUUAUCCAGAGGGAUAUCACGUGCCACUACAAAAGUAUUGGUGAAACCCGAUGAACAAUUCAACGGCAGUGAAGUCUAUACGUCAAAUGUCGUGUAUAAAGAAGUGUUGCAUGAUAAAUAA